AACACCUAAUCUUUCCUUAUUGAUGCGAUGCAUAUCUAACCCCCCCAAAUAGAUCUCCAGACACAAAUUAACCACACGUAUUUAAACAAUCAUCAUCAUUCCCCUAAACAAAAGCUUCCAAAUCCAAUCCAAUUAAAUUUCCCCCAAAUUACAAACCCUAAUUUCCAUGAAUUCAAAUUCCCCCAAACCCUAAAUAAAAAAAAAUCCAAGAAACAAAAAAAAAUGUCAGAAACCAACAAACCAACAGCCCUAACAAACUCACCGACAAGUUCCCGAUCCAUAACCGAAACCGUAAAUGGGUCCCACAGGUUUGUAAUUCAGGGCUAUUCAUUAGCCAAAGGUAUGGGGAUUGGAAAACAUAUAGCUAGUGAUAAUUUUACUAUAGGUGGCUAUCAAUGGGCAAUUUACUUUUACCCAGAUGGUAAAAACCCUGAGGAUAAUUCAACUUAUGUGUCGGUUUUUAUCGCGCUUGCGAGCGAAGGUACCGAUGUUAGGGCGUUGUUUGAAUUGACUCUUGUUGAUCAAAGUGGGAAAGGGAAACAUAAAGUUCAUAGUCAUUUUGGUCGUUCGUUGGAAAGCGGUCCGUAUACUUUGAAAUAUAGAGGCAGCAUGUGGGGAUACAAGCGGUUUUACAGGCGAGCAAUGCUAGAAAGUUCAGAUUAUCUCAAGGACGACUGCUUGAAAAUUAACUGUACGGUAGGAGUGGUUGUUUCUGCAACAGAAGGCUCUAGGUUACAUUCAAUCAAAGUACCAGAGUCUGAUAUUGGAUCGCAUUUUGGUAGCUUGUUGGAAAAUAUGGAAGGUGCGGAUGUUAUCUUCAAUGUGGCUGGAGAAAAGUUUCAUGCUCAUAAGUUGGUAUUGGCUGCUAGAUCCCCCGUAUUCCGUUCUGAGUUUUGUAAACAAGAGGGAGAUGACCAGGAGAUUAUUGUUACUGAUACGGAACCAAAGGUUUUUAAGGCUUUGCUCCACUUCAUUUAUAAAGAUGAACUCAUGGAAGAUGAGUUGGCUACUUCUAGUUCUCCAUGUGAAUCCAAUUUUUCUGAAACAUUAAUAACCAAGUUAUUAGGUGCUGCCGAUAAGUAUGAUUUGGCCAGACUCCGACGUAUGUGUGAAGCUCAUCUCUGCAAGGAUAUAUCUGUAAACUCUGUUGGUAGAGCUCUUGCGCUUGCAGACCGUCACCAUGCCGUACAAUUGAAAGCUGUUUGCCUUAGAUUUGCUGCUGAAAAUCUUGCAGCUGUAAUGCGAUCAGACGGGUUUGAGUAUCUUAAAGAAAAUUGCCCGAGUUUGCAGUCUGAAAUUCUGAAGAUGGUAGCUGGCUGUGAAGAUGAUUGUAGCAGUGGUGGCGAUGGAGCAAAAUCACGAAGUGUUUGUGCUCAACUUUCUGAUGGGGGAGACACAAAUGGGAGGAGGGUAAGGCGGAGGACUUGAUUAUGAUUAUGGUCAUAAAAGUUGAUUGGUCUGUUACUUAUUGAAGAAAUUUAGUGGUGUUCGGGAUGUGGGGAAGUUUGUGAACAUCAUGGUAAGAGGAAUUGGUUUAGAAAUGGAUAUGAUGAUUGUUGGGCUUUGUUUUUUUUACCUUUUUUUAUUUAUGUUUUAUGUUUCUAUUUUUUUUUCUUUUUUUAUGUAUAAUAGUAUUUGUGUAACUACAAUGAACAUGUUGAUAAUUUGAAUUUGUACCGGGAAAUAACACAGCUCUUGGUCAGAUAUAUUAGAAUA